UGUGCUGCCACCAUAGUGAUCCUGUGCAUCGGAGAGACUCACAACCUGAUAAACUACGUGUCUUUCAUCAACUACCUGUCGUACGGAGUCACCAUCGCAGGCCUGCUGUAUCACCGCUGGAAGAAACCCAACCUGUACCGACCCAUCAAGGUGAGCCUGCUGGUGCCGCUCAGCUACCUGCUGUUCUGGGUUCUGCUGCUGGGCUUCAGUCUGUACUCGGAGCCCGUGGUGUGCGGCGUGGGUCUCGUCAUCAUGCUCACCGGCGUGCCCGUCUACUUCCUGGGAGUCCACUGGAAAGAGAAACCAAAGUGCAUCUACAAAUUCAUCGAGAGAGCGACGUACGUGGGCCAGCGGUUGUGCUUCGUGGUUUUUCCUCAGAUCGACCCCAUCGAGAACGAGAACCCUGCAGAAUGGACUGACCGUUCUUCAGGCAGGAGCAGUUUCUCCGCCAACUCCUAGAAACUUUUCCACCGCAUACACGAGGAUCUUUUGUUUUGUUUGUUUUUAUUCUGUGUAAGUUGAGACACUUCCUCCGGCUCCGGGCACUUCCUGUCUGACCUUUGACCCUCGGAGACUUACUGCAGUCGAGUGGAAACGUUUUUAUUUUCUUCUCUUUUUGCUACUAAGUCUUCAAGUUACAACAACCUAAUGCCACCAGCUGUUGAAAGUGACUUUUAUUCACAUUUUGGACCCUUUUUUUCUGACAGUACUCUGAGCGACUGGCGGCUUUUUCUGCUGAAAGUUUCCGCUCUUUUUUCGUGCCUUAAUACGUUAGCCAACAGCUACAAGCGGCCCAAGACAUUUCCAUCAGGAGCGACGCGCUGCACAGUCUCCAGUUGUGUGCGUCACUCUUUACUGUCCCCUGGUCUCCCAGCUGUGUGCGUCACUCUUUAGUUUCCCCUGGUCUCCCA